AUGGCAAGAACCUUCGCAUCCAACAAUCUCCGACGCACAAUCCGAGACCUUGGCUCGGGAAUCACCGGAAUUGCCGUGGCACAUUGUCUCUUGAACCACCCAAAAGCUUCGGGUCUUCAGGUCACCAUGUUGGAAGCACGCGGGUCCGUUAGCGGCGCGACAGGCCGAAACGGUGGCCACCUCGUCUCGGAUAGUGAUUCUCUGUUUCCCGCUCUUGUCAAGGCGGUCGGCUUUGAACUCGCCGUGGAGACUGUACGCUUCAGUGAGGCAAACAUUCAGCGUCUGAGGGAGCUCGUGGACCAACUUGACCCAGAGGAUCGUCAAGCUACCGAAUUUCGCAACGUGACGACAAGCACCGCUUUUGAAGACCGAGAAUCGUUUGACGAGGCUGUUGAUGCUGUUCGUCAGCUUGUCAAGGCUUGUCCCGAUGGUGACAUUGGGUACAAGGUAUCUAACCAGGAAAACGCCACCAAGACUUUUGGCUAUGGGAAAGUUGCUGGCGUCAUUGAGCAACAUGGAGUCGCGGCUUUGUGGCCUUACAAGCUGCUGACUACAAUUCUUGCAUCCUUGAAGAGAGAUUUCCCUGGUCGCUUCAAUCUCGAGACAUAUACUCCAGUUCAGUCGAUCAGUCACCAAUAUCAUACGUCCCAGAGACACCCCUACACUCUUCACACCCCACGGGGAUCCAUUGUGGCUAAGCAAAUCGUUCACUGUACAAACGGAUACUCCGCCAACCUGAUUCCCAACCUCGUGGGGAAGCUAUAUCCUCUGAGGGGCACGAUGUCUACUCAGAGUAUGGGACCUUCAUUUCCUAACCGUGGGGAAAAGGUAUCAUGGGCACAUGUCUCAAAGGGCUCCUACAACGCAGAUACGGGGCGUAUUCAUCUUGGUUUGUACUAUGCCCAGCAAAACGCAAAAUCAGGCGUCAUGUUUCUCGGUGGAGAGUCACAGAAACUAGCCACCUUGAUUUCAAGCGACGACUCGACGGUUGCCGACGAUGCACACGAAACCCUUUGUUCCGUCGCACCGCGCAUCUGGAAAGACGCCUCUCCCCAGCCAUUAGAGGUCUGGUCUGGAAUCAUGGGGUUUACCACAGACGGCAUGCCCCUUGUCGGUAAACUGCCGCCAAGUCUGUCAGGUCGGAUGGGAAAUGGGGAGUGGCUGGCGGCAGGUUUCAACGGUCAUGGCAUGGACAAGUGCUGGCUUAGCGGAGAAGCAAUCGCUAAAAUGGUUCUUGGAGAAACGGCGCCUGGAUUCCCCAGGGCGUAUCUACUAAGUGAGCGAAGGAUUGCGUCUUGGACCCCUGAGAAGGCUGCCGAGACGUUGAUGGAUCACAUCAUGUUGGGUGGUGCCCCUCCCUCGAGUCAUCUCUAG